AUGUCGAAUAAAGCCGAUAUACUCUUGCCAUUAACAUGGGUUCUAUGUACUCUCAGUGCGGGCGUGGUUGGGGCAAGAGUCUGGAUACGUCUACGACUCGUGAAGGCGGGCGGUUGGGAUGUUGCUUUCAUCGUUAUGGCAAUGCUCUGCGCCAUGGCCAACUCCGCCGUGGUCACCGCGGCUAUUCAUCAUGGCAUGGGCAAGCAUGGAUCCGAACUUUCGGACUAUGAUCGGGUCCAGGCAAGUAUGCUGGAUUGGAUAUCACAAAGUCUCCAUGUGUUGUCCACGAAUUGGGGGAAGGUCUCGGUCGCGCUACUCCUGGUUCGAAUCAUUCAGAAUGCGAAUAAUCACAAGUAUUACUUUUAUGCCGGCAUGGUCCUACAAACAAUUUUCAACGUGGUGUGCGUCUACACCAUUUUCGGUCAAUGUACACCUGCAGCAACGCUCUGGGACCCGAGUGUAAAGGGAUCCUGUUGGAGUCCGGAAAGCCAGAGGGAUUAUGCAUUCUUUCAAGGCUCUUUCUCUGCGUUCACAGAUUUAGUCCUGGCGAUCUAUCCAGCCAUCACCAUCUGGAACUUGAGCAUGCCCCGAAAAUUAAAAGCCGGUCUUGCCGCUCUGAUGUCGCUUGGUGUGAUUGCCAUGAUAGCAGCGAUCGUCAAAACCAUCAAUAUUGCUUCGCUAACAGCCCGAAGUGACUACACGCAUGAUACAAUGGACCUCGCCAUCUGGGCUUGCACAGAACAAUAUCUGAUCAUUAUCGCGGCUUGCAUCCCAACAUUAAGACCUCUCGUCAACCAGAAAAUAGCAAAGAGGCUAUUCAACUCAUCAAAUUACGUUCACGGCAAAAGUGUUUCUAAUCCGAAAAGAUCGAAACGACUGAGCCUUCGCGGCAACGAUUAUGACAAAACUCCCAGCGACCCAUAUGGCUAUCCCUUGACAGCUUGCAGCGACCAUCGGUCUCGUACACCAGAGCAAAAUCAGGAGGAUCCUGAAGCCCAACUGGUUCAACCGCCUGCGGCAGCUAAAGGACCGAGUAGCAUUACUAAGACGACACAAAUUUCGCAACACUUUUCCAACUGGCAGGUGUUGCCGGAAACCAACGAAAGAUUUUAG